AUGCUUCAGGAGGUCUUUGUUACCCAUGGCAAGGACUUUGAUAAACGACCACAAGUCUUCACCGUCUUGAAAGUCGGACAGGGAAAAGCUGUGGUGAAUUCCUCCGGCAAAGUUUGGAAAGAACACAGAACAUUUUUAUUGGAGCAUAUGCGCGAUUUAGGAAUAGGAAAGACCAAAUUUGAAGACAACGUCAUCGAAGAAAUUCAACAUUUUAUUAAAGUGCUCGAAUCCACAAAUGGGGCGGAUUUUGACCCCAAGUACUGCUUGCAAACAGCAACAUCGAAUAUUAUUUGUUCAAUUUCUUUUGGGAAAAGGUUUGAAUAUUCAGAUCCUGAUUUUGUGGAGAUUUUAAAUAUAUUCGAAUCAAAUAUGAAACUUUCCGGAGGCACAGCUAUUGUGAAUUACUUUCCCUUCCUGGAAAAAAUGCCAGGAGAUCCAUUUAAAUGUGAGCAGUGCUUAGAAAAUGUCGCCACAAUACAAACCAAAUUGUCAACAUGGGUGGCGCAUCACAAAAAGACGCUGGAUCCUGACAAACCUAGGGACUUCAUUGAUUACUAUUUGCUGGAAAUGCAGAAAAAGCUGGAAUCCAAGGAGAAGACAACUCUGAACGAGUCGGAACUGCUAAAAUUCAUAGGCGAUCUCUUUGUCGGAGGGACAGAGACAACCGCCACAUCUCUUCGAUGGGCGCUUAUAUUUCUAGUCCGCCAUCCGGAUGUUCAGCAGAAGGUGCACCAAGAAAUUAUUGCAACCCUGGGCGAAAGGACACAACUGUCUGUCCUGGAUGAGAAAAACAUGCCUUUCACAACUGCUGUAAUAAUGGAGUCUCAAAGACUAGGGGACAUUGCUCCAUUUUCACUGCUGCAUUCCAACUUUGACGAGGUACGGCUAAGGGAGUAUGUCAUCCCCGCCGGAAGUGUUGUGAUUCCCUGCGUCAACUCCGCACAUAUGGACCCGCACAUCUGGGACAACCCCGGCAGAAUUCAGACCCAGUCUUCUUUAUUUCAGAAUAUAUCGACAUCAACUGUCAUGUUCCAUGUCAUAGCAAUAUCUCUGCUCUUUUUCCCCCUCACAGGUCCCCGAACGUGCCCUGGUCGAGGUUUGGGGAAGAUGGAAGUGUUUCUGUUACUGACCUCAAUUGUACAACACUUCGAGAUGUGUCCCGCCACGUCGGGACAACUUCCCAGUCAGGACGGAUACGUUGGUAUCACCCACGUCCCAUACCCACACAAAAUUCGGUUUAUGAAGAGAAAUGGUCCCCGAGACACAUCACAUAACGACUAA